GUUUAUUAGUUUCCGUCAAACGGAUUUUUCAUAUGACAAAUACGUAUUUGUUUGUCGUUAUUUUCUACUAGUUUUUUAUCUAUGUAUUUCAUUGUAGAGCAUGUUGCCUUAGUAAACCAUUAUUAAUUGAUUAAUUUCAGUAUCUAUCGUAUUUGUCCGGUGGUGAAUGAUAACCAUAGCCUUUAAAGUAAGAUUACCACUGUUGAAAAUCGUUUUUAGUGAUAUGGUUACUGUCAUAAAAUGGAAACAGUUAAAAUAGUUACCAAAUUGAAAUUACAAGACCUUGCAAUGCCAAGUAUGCCUUUAUUCAUGAUACGUCAUAUCAAUUAACCCACUUCAAGAACUUGCUCAUACCUUUAAAACCUUUUGUUUUCAUAAACAUAUUUCCCACAAAUAUUAUAUUAUGUGGAUGAAAAGACACAUAAGUAUAUGUAACUUAAAUGCCUAACAGCAUAUCAUCAAGGAUAACUAGUGGGUCAAUACAUACCCACAAAAGCACAGUGAAACAAUGGACUCCUCAUUUGCCUCCAAAGGGAAUUUGUCAUCUGUUGUAACAGAGUAACUGUGACUGCUCAAAUAACUUUAAAUUCAUAUUUAAAUUUUAUAAACUAUGAGGUGAUAUUCUAACUGUUUGAAGUAGUUUAUAUUCUUAUGGAGAGACUGUUAGUUAACAAGGAUUUAUGGAUGUGACAGGAAUCCUUUUACUCAUUGUAACAGAGAUACCGUACUGAAAUUUGCAACUCCUCAUCAGUUACUAGCCCGAAACAUUUUAUUAAGUAACACAGGUAAGCCUGAACAAUGACAAGUCAACAUUAUUCUCACUUAAACAAUCAUUCUGAACCUGGCCGUCACUCUGGUCCAGACUCCCAUCUUGGUUUCGGUGAACCAUCACUUCCUAGUGCCAAUCGUAUUAUGCCACCCCCAAUAAAUGUACCCACAAGAGAACACAAGUCCUUCACCACGACUGACUUUGAGAAAGGAAAAUCCAAAGUGACCUUGGACUAUUAUGAAGAAAUUAGGAAGAAACCUAUAAAAAUUCUGAUGACCAGAGAAAUAGCUCAACAUUUUGGCAGAGAAAUAUAUCUUAAAACUACUGUUAAGGAAAUCUUGAUUUACACGCUCUUUCUUAUAGUUUUAAGUUUAAUGGUUUUAGAAAUCCCGUCAUUUGAUGUUUAUAUUUUUACCUCUUCAAUAGCCAAAAUAUUUGUAUACAAUGAAUUUCAUUCAAAACUGAAAGUCUAUUUGGAAUACAAAGACAUAUCUACCUUUGAACAUAUUUGGGAGUACCUGGAUCAUAUGGUUGAUAUUUUUGAAGAAGAUGCAUUCUUCCCAGAAGUAACAUCAGAUGAAGUGGACAGUGAUGAAUCUUCUAUAAUAGAAAUUCAUGAAAACCAUCUCAUUGGUUUGCCAAGGCUACGCCUAGUGAGAGUAAAGAACAGCUCCUGUGUAGUCGCAAAAGAGAUGAAAACAGAAGAUAGCAACACACUCUGUUUUGGCUAUUUUUCUUCAAGCAAGGAGGAUACUGUAGCAUUUAAUAAAAAAGUGGGGACAGCGUGGAAUUACAGCUCUCCGGAAAUGACAGGGAUGCACACUGUGAUUGGUACAAUUAGCACGUACACUGGGGGUGGCUUCUACGAGGACUGUCCCACAUCUAGCAGGCAGUUCAAGAUGUUAUUGAAGGACCUCAAGGAAAAUAAGUGGAUUGACAGGGCAACUCGAGCUGUUUUCGUUGAUUUCACUGUCUACAAUGCUAACAUCAACUUGUUCUGUAUCAUUAAGAUGAUUUUUGAAAUACCACCCACCGGAGGUGUGUUCCCAUCAAUAACCAUUCACACUAUGAGACUGGUCGAUUACGGGACUAAAAAGGCAUUUCUUCUUGGAUGUGUUAUAUUGUUCAUAUCAUUCUUCAUUUUUUAUACAAUUGAAGAGUUGUAUGAAAUGACAUAUUUCAAAUGGGAGUUUAUUAAGUCAUUUUGGAAUUUUCUGGAUGUCUCUAUUGUUAUGACUUGCUACAUGGUGAUAGCGACCAACCUGUUUCAAUAUGUAACGGCAAACUCUCUACUGUCCGCUAUGGAUAUUUAUAAUCGUAGCUUUGCCAACUUUGACCAGAUGCUCUUUGUACAAGUAGUGAGCAAUUCCUCUCUGUCAUUUCUGAUCUUCAGCUCGUGGCUGAAAAUACUCAAAUACGUCGGAAUAAAUCAUUCCAUGUAUCAGUUACAGGUGACACUUCAACUGGCCACUAGAGACAUGUUAUGGUAUACAGUUAUUUUUGGCACCGUUUUCCUCACAUUUGCAUUUGAGGGCUAUAUAUUAUUUGGAGCUCAGCUCGAGGAUUAUUGUACAUUCCUGAGUUCCAUCUGGACCAUACUCAAGGCGGGUGCGGGGAGCUUUGACUAUGUUUCUCUAGAGAGGCACAAUCCUACCUUGGGCCCUUUGUUCUUUCUUCUCGCAAUAUUCUUCCUCAGCUACAUAUUCAUUGUCCUCUACAUAGCAAUUUUGCUGCACAGGUAUUCACAAGUAAGAAGUGAAAUAAAUGCUGCACCCGUCAAAAUGAAGAUCGGAGACGUUUUGCAGAAUUGGUUUGUUGAUAUUGUUGCUACAUUUUCCAUCAGACUAGCCAUUAGAGCAAGAGAUAGUCUCAACAAGAGAAAAAUGAGACAGAAGUUUCAGGAUGUACGCCACUUGCUUUUGAGGUGUGGUUUCACAGAACUGGAGAUCAACAUGUUUCUGGCGAAGUAUGAGAUAUCAGAGGACCGCGUCAUGACUGAAGAAGAUCUUCACAACGUCAUGCUGAGUUUUAACUCAAAAGGACCCCAAGGACUAGGUUUAGCUCGAGAAAUGGUACGUAAGAAUGUGGAUGAGAAGCUGAAAAUUCUGGAGGAAGCAGUCGCGGUUGCAGACUCAAAGACCACAACAGUGUUAGAAAUACUAGAAUACAUCGAGAGCAGGAUGAAUAGGAACACAUGACUCAACUAUUGUAUUACAGUUACUCUCUGUGAUAUAUGUCAAAAUUACUGAUUAUAAAACAUCUAUAAGUUCAUGUAUUGUGGAUUGUCAGCUGCUUUCCUUAUGCUUACUUCUCAUCUUUUGUGUUCUAGUAUUCUUCCACAUAAACCAUGGAUUGGAUAUUUUAUUUAUGAGUUAUAGAGGUUAAACAUCAUGAAUGAUCAACAAAAUAACAAUUUUGUUAGUGUUGGUUAUUCUCUUAAAUUAUCUUGAUAAGCAUAAGGACUUUCCUAAUAGGCCUAGCCUUACAAAUAUUGUUAAAUAAUGUUACUGCCUUGAAAUAUAAUUUUUAUAAGAGAUUAAGUUGGUAUUCUGUAUCUGAAACUUAUAUUUUAAACGACACUCUAAAUUUUAGGUCUUCUGUUAGUCAGGAUUACUAUGGGUUUUCAAAUAAGUUGAUGAAAAACUUGAAUUUGUUGUUUAUUAACACCUUUAACAUAAUAAAUAUAAUUAUUUGUUAAGGUUUCUUUCCUAGACUUCAAAAAGUUUUAAAGAGCCAUAGAUAUGUUCAAAUUAUGAUGUUUAACGCCUUACCUUUAUAUAUAGAAGAACUACAAUUGAAUGAGUUCAAGACAAGAUUAACUAAAUUUCUAAUCAUAACUGCACCUUGUUCUAUUGAGGAAUUCCACAUAUAUGCAUGUAGGUAAUAUUAUGUAAGUUUGUUUUACAUUAUCACAUUAGCUAUAUGUUGUUUAUUUUACUGUGUUGACACCUAUUGCUAUUGUAACUUAAUGGUUAAUAAACUAUUUCAUUUGAAACUGGAAA